AUGGCCUCCAUCCAGUCGGAGACGGACUGCUACGACAUCAUCGAGGUGCUGGGCAAAGGCACCUUCGGGGAGGUGGCCAAGGGCUGGCGCCGCAGCACGGGCCAGAUGGUGGCCAUCAAGGUGCUGCGCAACGACGCCCACCAGAGCCGCAUCAUCAAGAACGAGCUGCGGCUGCUGCGCUGCAUGCGUGAGCUGGACCCUGACGAGGCCCACGUCAUCCGCUUCCUCGACUUCUUCCACGACGCCCUCAAGUUCUACCUGGUCUUCGAGCUGCUCGAGCAGAACCUGUUCGAGUACCAGAAGGAGAACAACUUCGCCCCGCUGGCCGUCCGGCACAUCCGCACCGUGACGCUGCAGGUACUGCGGGCGCUGGCGCGGCUCAAGGAGCUGGCCAUCAUCCAUGCCGACCUCAAGCCCGAGAACAUCAUGCUGGUGGACCAGGCCCGCUGCCCCUUCCGCAUCAAGGUGAUUGACUUUGGCUCAGCCAGCAUCUUCAGCGAGGUGCGCUACGUGAAGGAGCCGUACAUCCAGUCACGCUUCUACCGGGCCCCCGAGAUUCUCCUGGGACUGCCCUUCUGCGAGAAGGUGGACAUGUGGUCCCUGGGCUGCGUCAUGGCCGAGCUGCAUCUUGGUUGGCCCCUCUACCCGGGCAACAGCGAGUUCGACCAGGUGCGCUACAUCUGCGAGACCCAGGGCCCGCCCAAGCCCCACGUCCUGCAGGCCGCCCGCAAGGCUCACCAUUUCUUCAAGCGCAACCUCCACCCUGAAGCCGCCAGUCCCUGGCAGCUCAAGUCUUCCGCCGACUACCUGGCCGAGACCAAGGUGCGCCCCUUGGAGCGUCGCAAGUACGUGCUGAAGUCUCUGGACCAGAUGGAGACGGUGAACAGGGGUCCCAGCAAACUGGCCUUCCCGGACCGCGAGGAGCUGGCUGAGGCGGUGGACCUGAAGUCCAUGGUUGAGCUGAUCAAGCGCAUGCUGACCUGGGAAUCCCACGAGCGCAUCAGCCCCAGCGCCGCCCUGCGCCACCCGUUCGUGGGCCUGCAGCAGCUGCGCAGCGCCCACGAGGGCACGCGCUACUACCAGCUCUCACUGCACAGCUGCCGGGCCUCACUGCAGCUCGAAGGCCGAGCCCCCCAGCCCGGACCCCCCGGCCACCCCCCGGGCCGGGAUGGGGCCUGUUUCUGGGAGGAGCGGGGCCCCGGGGUGCAACGUGCCAUCGACCAACUGGAUGACCUGAGCCUGCAGGAGCACAGGCGACUGUGGGGGGAUGGCUACGGGCCCCCGGAGCCCCCCGCCGAGAGGCCGGCCACCAAGGUGGGCGAGCGGCGCUGCCACGAGUCCCCCGAGCCCAUCCUGGCCUUCUACGGGACAAGGCUGGGUCGCCACAAGCCCCGCAAGUACUCGGCCGGCUCCAAGUCGGACCCCAACUUCGGGAACCUGAUCCUGCUCGGGCAGCCGUCGCCAAAGGAGGGCGAGCCGGGCGAGGGCUGGCAAGGGGUGGUGCUGCCUCCUGGAAGGCCCACCCCAUCCCGCGCCCCCGCGCAGCGGGAGGGGAACGGCUCCCUCGGGGCCCCCGGCCCGCAGCAGCUGGAACUGGAACUGGAGCUGGAGGCCGAGAGACCCGGUUCCGAGCACUACGACUCUGGCUCCUGCUCCGCGGCUCUCCGCGUGGGCAAGUGGGUGGGUGAGUCCGACAGGAGCCUGGAGAGGGAGCGGGGUCGCUCCCACCCCCACCACCCCCACCCCCACCGUCCAGCCCGGGGUCCCAGCUUCCUCCAGCGCAUCGCCGGGCGCCCCUGAGUGAGCCUCCUCCCCAUCCCACUCCCCUUACGAGCUUUCUUCAGCCACAGAUCGUUUCGUAGCAAUCCACAAAUUACAAAGUGAACCUAAAAAUCCUUAAUUGAACCCCCAAAUCUGCCCCUCUCUAGCCCCGGCCCUCCCCAGCCCCUGGAAGCGAGAUCCAGAGGGGAGGAGGCUGAGUCCAUCCACUGCACCCCGAGGGGGGUGCCCGGGAAGGGGUCUGCUCACCCGACUGGCCGGCCCCUCUAGGCCAUAAGGGCAGUCUGGGAUGGGGGAGGGCGUUAGCCUUAUGUACCCAGAGUUUUGCCCUCUCCCGUGGUGGCUCUAACAGUUGCA